GAGCGCGGGCGGGAGGGAGGCGGCAUGGAGCGCGGCGCGGUGAGGCGCCUGGCCGCACGGCUGGGCCUGGCCGAGCCCGCCGUCGUCAGAAAAGCUGAAGAGUACCUGCGGCUGUGCCAGGUGAAAUGCACGGGGCUGAUGGCCCAGAUGACGGCGACGAGCAGUGCGGUGAUGUGCCUGGACCUGGCAGCUGCCUUCAUGAAACUGCCCGUGGACAAAAGCUAUUUUGUUAAACUCUCCGGUUUGAACAAGACGACCUACCAGAGCUCCAUGAAGUCUUUGGAGUGUUUGCUAGAGGUGAACCCCAGGCUGGGAAUGCGAGACUUGGCUGUGCAAUUCUGCUGCACAGAGGCAGUGGGCACUGCUUCAAAAAUACUGCAGAGGUAUGAAUCCAGCCUCUCUGAAGCACAGCAAAAGGACCUUGAUUUCUCAAAACCACUGUUUAUAACAGCUGCACUAUUCACUGCAUGCAGGUGUUUGAAGCUAAAAGUGGAAAAAAAUAAAAUGUUGGCCACAUCUGGGGUGAAAAAAGCAAUAUUUGACCGGCUGUGCAAUCAGCUGGAGAAGAUAAGCCAGCAACUCAGCAAAGAAGACAUUCCAGUGGCUGCAGAGACACCUGAAAGCUUGCAGACCGACCUGGAGCACUGGGAGAAGGAAGAUGGACCUGAAGAUGAAGAGGAGAUGCCAUGUAAACGGCCAAAGACAGAAACAAAGCAAGACUAUGAAGAAUGGAAAAAGAAAAUCCUAGAAAAUGCUGCUAAGGCCCAAAAGACAAGUAGGGGUACUGUCUCUGUAGUGCCACCAAGUAAUACCACUGCUGCUUGCUCCUAAUUUUAACCCCCCCGUCUGCUCUAACAAGAGUUCCAGUAGCAUUAUCAGUGAUGGCUGCCUGGUAGCCAGCUGAUUUUAUUAGUUAGUUUUUAAGUAUUUAAGAAUGUUACUUUUAGUAAAUGACACCAGAGUUGAGGUGAUUUUACAAGGAGCUUGUCUGACUCCGUGCCAGGCUGGUACCUGAGCAGCUGUGGCAUUAGGUGGUACAACGGCUUCAUUCUGUUGCUGCAGGAAGCAGGUAACUUCUAGUGAUGUGCUAAGUGUAAUGAAGUUGUAAGUUAUAUGUCCUUGGGCCCCUGGAUGGAAGCAGUCAGGGAAAAAAAGAGGGAGGGGACCAACGGUGCCUUGUUAAACUGCAAAACCAGCAGAGGAAUUACAACCGAUUUUUUUAUUUUAUUUUUUUUUUUACUGUAGAAGAAAUAUUGUUUAGUCACUGAAUGUGACUUGUUUUUAUGACCUGUGUGGGACUGAAGUCUCUCGUGUUUGUAAGGGGUCCCAAAUAUUUCAAGAAACAAUAAAAAUACCGGAAAGAAAA